GAAAUUACACGAGAUUGGCCGAAGUAGUCAGUUGCGGUCGCCAUUUUGUCGGGUAGUCAUCGGGUACGUCGUGUUUCUUUCGGGUUGCUGUACUUUUUGAAACAAGCAUCGCCGAAAAAUUUGGGGUCCAGCACUUUCGUUUGCUCCCCCAAAUGGCUUGUUUGAACACUCUUAAGCAGGAGAUUAAAACUCUUGAGUCCGUCUUCCCUAAGAGCCAUGAGAGAUUUCAGAUAAUGUCUGCGAGUGUGGACGAACUCAGCUGCAGAUUCGUCGGUAAAAAUGGGAAGAAAUACGAAAUACACGCCAAUAUUACAGAAACCUAUCCUUCUACACCACCAGUAUGGUUUGCAGAAUCAGAAGAAACAAGUGUUACAAAUGCGGUACAAAUUUUAAGUACUACUACAGGCCGUGACAACCAUGUUAUUAACCAAGUUGGGAUUCUCUUGAAAGAAUUAUGUAGACUUCAUUCAUUACCUGAACCACCUGAUGUUGAACGGUUAAGGACAGCUUUGGAUCCAUUACGUUUAGGAGGAUCAAAUGAAGCUACAGCACAAAGAAUGGAAGCUGAAGAUGCUGAAGAUAUUGAAGAUGAUGAAGAAAGUGAUGCAGAAGAAGAUCUUCAUUUAGAUAUGGAUGAAGGAGAUGCCAAUGCAAAGAGUAAGGGUGAAGAAAUAGAAUUGGAACAUCUUGCAACAUUAGAAAGGUUGAGACAAAAUCAAAGACAAGAUUACUUAAAAGGAUCUGUUUGUGGCAGUGUGCAAGCUACAGAUAGACUUAUGAAAGAAUUGCGUGAUAUUUAUCGAAGUGACAGUUUCAAAAAAGGAAUGUACAGCAUAGAAUUAGUAAAUGACAGUUUGUAUGAAUGGAAUGUCAGGCUGAUGUGUGUUGAUCCUGAUUCACCUUUACACAGCGAUCUCAUACUUCUAAAAGAAAAGGAAGGCAAAGACAGUAUUCUUCUUAACAUGCUUUUUAAGGAAACUUAUCCAUUCGAACCUCCCUUUGUUAGAGUUGUGCAUCCCAUGAUCUCUGGUGGUUACGUCCUUAUAGGAGGCGCUAUUUGCAUGGAACUUCUAACAAAACAAGGUUGGAGUUCAGCCUACACAGUAGAAGCAGUCAUCAUGCAAAUUUCCGCAACCUUAGUGAAGGGAAAAGCACGCAUACAAUUUCAAGGACCGGGUAGUGCUAGCAAAGUGUGUGGGCAAGGUCAAUAUAGUCUAGCACGUGCACAACAGUCAUUCAAGUCUCUUGUACAAAUACACGAAAAAAAUGGUUGGUUUACCCCUCCAAAAGAGGAUGGCUAAUGAACAUGAAUCACGGAGAAAGAAAAGUUUGUCGCGUGCUUACAGCUGAGACUUUAAUUCGGUGUGUGCCCAACAAAUAAUUGUUACGAUAAUGAUUUGAUACACAAAACACAACAUUAACUAGGUAACUUAAGAUACUGAAUUAAUCUAACGCGUAAUUCCUUUGAUGGCUGAAAAGGCUGCCGCGCAAACAGUGAAGUGUUUGAUUCUGUAUGCAUAGAUUUUUCAGUAAUUAGUGAUUAGAUCGCCAAUCGCAUUUGUGAGAUAUAAUCAUUUUUAUCUGGAAUUGAUUCUUACGUUCGGAAUUACUAAGAAUCUUAAUUAUUCCAAAUAAUAUUAAUCUUAGUUCUUUUUUGUGAGUACACAUGUUGUACGUACGUACGAAACAGUGUAAACAUUCUGUGAAAUGCGUUUGCGCAAUCCGUGCUUCCUUCCUUUCAAUAGAAGGAACAGGAUGGUUAGCAACUUAGAUAGUUAUAUUGACAAUUUUUCUAAGUGUUUUUUUUUUAUCAUUGUGAGCUUUCCUUUGUUCCAUUCUAUCUAAUUGUAUUUUAAUUCUUUUAUUCAUUGUGCAAUUCAUAAGUAAGUUGUUUGGAUAUAUUUGUUAAAAGUAAACAGUAAACGAAUCUAAUGUAAGAAUAGCGAUGUUUCUGGGGGUAAAGCGAGUUUUGCUGUUACCUUUUGUAUUUAUUCGAUACUUCAUUUAUUAAUAAAUAUGAUUCAAUGUGAACGAGCACACAACUAAAUCAUCACAUUUUGAAAUAUAAUCUGAAAUAAAAUAUAAUUUGGAAAAUAUUAAUAUCACAUAUAUUACUUUAAAAGAUAUACCAUUAGUUAUAAUUUUUUCUUAAAAAUUUCAUGUAUUACAAAAGCUAAUAAAAUAACAAUUCAUUAAUGAUUUAAUUUUUCAGAAUUAUAAAAUUACAAAUUUUUUUUUGUAUUGAAGAAAAUAUAUAAUAUAUUUUUUUCUUAUUAGAUAUUAAAACAAUAGAUGUACAUAUUUCAAUGCUUUUCGUUGCUCUAUAUAUUUCUUAAUUAUUCAUACUUAAUUUUUAAUUAGAUAUUAUUAAUUUCAUUCGAAAAGAAGAUUUUUACAAUUUAUUUUAAUUUUCAAUCAUUCUUAUAAAUAAAGAAACAUAGCAAUACUAGUUAAUAUGUAUUUCCUUAAUAUAACUAACUAAAAUAAGAAUUGUAUAGAUGUAUAUACACAUUUCAUAUAUCGAUUCUUUUUUUGAAAAUAAUGCUCUUUAAAAAAUUUUUCUUUUUUUUCUUAAAUUGGAGAAUAUAUAAAUGCACAAAAUAAGAAUUAAGAUUUGGUUGUGUGUCUCGUUUAAUGUCUCACUUUUGUUAUAUCAUUUACAAAGCGGUUGAUGUGCUUGAGAUUGAUAUGAAAGUUUGGUCUGUAUGUUGGGCGUACGCUCAAGCGAACUUUUAGUGGUAUUCUAUAUACAUAUAUAUAUAUAUACAUAAAUAUAUAUCGUGACAUUUAUUUGCAAUCGAAGCUCUAUUUGCAUGACGUAUUGAACGUAAAAUUGCGCGAACGUGAAAUCGUUAAAAAUUUCUUUGUGCCACAGUAGAGUUUACACUGGCCAGUUUAAAGAGAUGAGACGUAACAAGCGAACACGCGUACAUUAAAGGCACCAUUAGGAUCGCGAAAACGAAUUACCGCUUUUUAAGAAAAAAAAAAAAAAAAUUAUAUACACAUGUAUUAUUGUGCACAUGUAUUUGAAAUUUAUGAGACUAUGCUAUCCUCGUGCGUCUUUCUUCGUGAAAACAUUUUCUUCUAACUGAACAAGUAUCGUUCCCUUGUCUAUAAAAGAAACAGACAAUUAUGGACUUCCGGUUCUUUUUCACAAUGACUUCAUCCCUAGUUAUGAUAGUAGUCAUAAAUUAUCGUCGCUGUAUGGCAAAAUCGAUGGCCAAAUUAUUGCGUAUAUGUUUAUUAACAAGCGAAUUUCUACAUUUUUAAAAUGAUUGCUUUCAUAUCCUCGAGAUAUCUUAAUUCCACUCCCAGAACGUCUAUGCAACAUGUUUCGUACAUACAUACAUACAUAUAUACAAACAUCAUACAACAUACAUAUAAACAUACAUACAUACAAACAUAAAUACAUACAUACAUACAAACAUACGUACAUACAUACAUACAUAUAUACAUACAUACAUAUGGAUAUACAUAUACGUACCUACAUAUGUGCGCGCGCGCGCAAACACGCAAACACAAUUACAAUUCAAACGAAAAUACGUGCACAUAUAAAAUACAUUUCAUAUUAUAUAAACACACACUGAUAUGUAUGCAUAUUAUGCAUUCAUAACACAUGCUCCCGAUUCGUGUAUAUAAAUAUACAUAUUCCGUUCCUUGUGUUUCAUCUUCGUACGUUGUAUAUAUGCAAAUUUUUAUCAAUCAGUCGGCAAAACACGUUUGAACGGCGGAACACUCGUUCGACCACUGCGCUGUUGUGUCUCGGAAAAGUUGGGAAAGUUUGAAAAUUCGAAGAACUUGAAUCGUGUAUGAAUUUCAAUGAAGAAGAAUAUGCUUUAGCUCGUAAUCGUAUAUUUAAUAUUAUAAGUAUAUUUCUUGACUUGACACACCGAAUGGGAAAUAUCUCAGUAUAUCUCUGUGAGGUUGUUCAGGUAACAACAGUACGAAGAUGAAGCGGUACAUAUGUUAUUGGCAAUAACGCAUGUACGAUGCAUCCGUAAAUAUAAUUAUUAAUAAUGGAAUAAUCGAGCGGAGUAGCAUGGGUCAAUAGUUUCUUUUUUCGUGGUGUAAUUAAAGGAAAAAGGAAAAAAAGAAAAAUUGUUUGUCAAAUUCGUGCGAGCAGUUUCGUAAUAAAAUUUAGAUUCUUAAGUAUAGGUGUACAAUCAAUGAGCUCAUUGUCAGUGGAUAUCAAUGAUUUGUACAGCCGCGCCUGACUGACAUUGAGUGAUGGUUGUUUUGACGACGUUAACCGUUAUGUUCUUUGUCGAAAAAAACAUAAAAAAAGAAAAAUAAUUUCAUUUCUCUCGCGUUUGUUAAGUUUUCUUUCCUUUUAAGAAUUUGCGAAGCGUAUAUUGUAAGCAGCCACGUGGCCUGUAUAUUUUUGCUACAAAUAUCGUUAGUAGUACCGUUUUUAAAAAUUAAACGUUCUUACGUUUUUUUUCUUAUUAUUAUUAUUAUUAUAACAACGAUUAUUAUUAUCUCUUCUUUUUAAUUCAUUCGACGUUCUAAAAAAUUUAAAAAGAAGAAAAAAAAAAGUGCUAAUGAAAUAUUGACAUAAUAAGAUCAAUCGAAAGCGGAUUAUAUUUAAUGGUUUAUAUCAAAUCGAUGCUAAUUUUUCAUAGCUGUUAUAAAUAAUAAAACGAAGAAGACCUUCAUAGAUGCAAAAGUAAUGGGAAUUUUUGUAAAAAAAAAAAAAAAAAAGAAAAAAAAAGAAGAAGAAGCACUGGUAUAGAACAAGUAUUUUUUAUCCAAUUAAUAUUAAUAUUAAAUAAAGUAUAUGCAUAUUCAAUAAAACUUCUGCGAAUUUUCAAAUCAAAGUUUUAAUUUCUUUAUUUUAUGUUUUGUAAAAAAUAUUCGAAACGAUAAUUUACAAAAUUAUAAAAUAUGGAUGAUAAUUGAUAUAACGAGAUAACGAGAAUUUUAUAAAAGGUAAAAAAAAAAAAAAAUAUACAUACUUUUUUUGAGUUUGGAUUUUUGUUAUUUGACAAAAUUCUCCUCACUCUUGCAUCGAUAUUAUAAUAUGAUUUUUUCAAAAAGGAAAUAUAUUGUUUUUCUUUGAUUGAAGAUGAAUGUCCUUUUGGUAAAUACUUAUGCAAAAGAAGAAAAACGAGUAUCCAAAAGUUCGAAACGAAAAACGGUGUAAAAAAAAAAAGAAAAAAAGUUUAAUGUUUAUCGAAUCAAUUAAAAUAAGAAAUUUUCUUUUUUAGGUAACGAGUGUAAUUUUUGUAAUUUGCGAUAUGCUUAAAUGGAUUUUUAACUUUUCACAAUGAUUUUACAAUGAACUCUCGAUUCGAA